CAAGCUUGAAGAGCAAAAGGGUUCUUUUCUGCAUGAAAUUUUAAGGUUUAUUUUGCUUGAAUCGCUUGAUGGAAGAAAGCAGCUUUAAGUCUUAUCAGCUCCCUCCGCCACCUAAUAAGUCGCAGCAGGUAGUAGAUGAUCACUCCCAUGCAAACCAACCAAACGAAUCAUCAACAUUGGUUACCAAUGGCUGUGUUGAUUAUAAAGGGAGAAUUGCAGAUAAACUAUCGACUGGUGGAUGGAAGGCCUCACCAUUCAUCAUAGUGAAUGAGGUGGCUGAGAGGCUUGCGUUUUUCGCCAUUGCUGUGAAUAUGGUGUCUUACCUGGUGUUGGAGAUGCACCAGAAGGUCCCUGAUGCUGCCACGCAUGUCACUAAUUGGAUCGGAGCUGCCUAUGUUCUAACGUUGCUCGGAGCUUUCCUCGCCGAUGCCUACUUAGGCCGAUUCCGCACCAUCAUCAUCUUCUCUUCCAUCUAUGUUGUGGGAAUGGUAAUGCUGACCGUUUCAGCCUCGGUAGACAGCCUAAGACCACGUUUAUGCACAAGGCGGCCAUGUCCGCCGGCGACCGACGGCCAGACUGCAUUUCUCUACGGUGCACUUGCCCUCGUGGCACUCGGCACCGGCGGGAUCAAGCCCUGCGUGUCGUCGUUCGGAGCCGACCAGUUCGAUGAGGCCGACGAGAAGGAAGUACUGAAGAAGUACGCGUUCUUCAACUGGUUCUUCUUCGCCAUCAACAUGGGUGCCAUCUUGGGAAUCACUCUCAUGGUUUAUAUACAAGAAGAGAAAGGGUGGUCGUGGGGAUUCGCCGUUCCGACGGUGGUGUCGUUUUGCUCUAUCCUUAUCUUGGCCGCCGGAUUCACCAAGUAUCGUUACCAGAAACCGAUGGGAAGCGCUUUCACCAGAUUUCUCCAGGUUAUUGUAGCAUCCCUGCGCAAUUUCAUUGACGGAGUGACGCCGGCCGGACGUGAAACUCAGCUCUAUGAAGUCAACACUACGGAAUCUGAAAUUCUUGGUGCUAGAAAGCUUCCUCAUUCUAAACAAUACAGAUUUUUGGAUUUAGCGGCGGUGAUAAGAGACCCGGAGAGCGGCGGCGGGAGCCGGUGGAGGCUGUGCACGGUGACACAAGUUGAAGAAUUCAAAUGUUUCAUAAGAGUGCUACCAAUCUGGGCAUCAACCAUAGCUCUCUCAAUUUCUUUCGCCCAGCUCUCGACCUUCUUCCUCACGCAAGCCACCGUCAUGGACCGGAAACUCGGCCGCCAUUUCAAGAUCCCGACGGGCUCCGUCGCCGUCUUCUCCGCACUCAACGCUCUAAUCCUCGUCCCCAUUUACGAAAAACUCAUCGUCCCUUCCCUCCGUAGAAUCACCGGCCACCGCCGCGGCUUAACGUCCUUGCAGCGCAUGGGCGUCGGCCUAUUCGUUUCAAUUCUCGCUCUCAUGUCCGCCGCCCUAGUCGAAAAAAAGCGCCGGACACACCCAAACCCGUCGAGCCUGAGCGUUUUCUGGCUAUUUCCUCAGUUUUUCCUGGUGGGCACCGCCGAGGUCUUCACCUACGUCGGACAACUCGAAUUCUUUUACGACGAGGCGACGGACGGGACGAGAAGUCUGAGCAGUGCGCUGUUCUUGAGCGAGAUCGGAAUUGGGAGCUGGCUAAGCACUGCGUUGGUGAAGAUUGUGCAGAGAGCUACCGGCGACGGUGAAGGAGGGUGGCUUAGAGAUAACCUUAAGGACAGCAAACUUGAUUACUUCUACUGGAUUUUGGCCGGGAUAAACGCCGUGAAUUAUGUCGUGUAUUCAAUUGUAGCGUGGAAAUACAAGACGCGAGAUGGCAGUAGAGGGAGAGCUGUGGCCGAUGAAUCCAUUGUUGCUGAUUGAGUUUCCGGCCGGCGGGUCUAACUUAAUUAAGAACUUAAUUAUUUGUUACGCUUUCAUGUUGCGGUCCAUGGUUUAGUUUGUUACAGUAGUAUAUCUUGUUAAACAAACUUCAAUUGUAUUCAACCAAUUAUUAAUAAUGCAAGACAAUGGAAAUUAUAUGGCAUGCACGUAUCACACAUGCAAGCAGAUAUUAAAAAUUAUU